AUAUUUUCAACACACGCAGCACAGAUUAGGAAACUGUCGAGUACAUUAACUGUGCAGAGAUGGGUGUACAUGGUGUAGUUGUCACAAAAUGAAGUCACUACAAUGCAUCCUUAUCCAAAUGUUAUUGGUUGUCCAAUCAGCCGGUAAGCCAUCAUAUGAUAUCCUCACACAUCCGAUCACAACUUUUUACAUUAUGUAUUAUUGUUAUUUCUAUUGAUUUAUUAUUAUCAAUGAUAAUAAUAUAUAUAAUAUAUAUAUAUAUAUAUAUUUACAAUUUUUAACUAUAUUUCUAGUUCGUCAGUCACCAUUGAUUGAUUGAGUGAUUUUUUUAUAUAUCGCACUGGUUUCCACGCCACUUUAGCAUGCUCACUGCGAUCUGGUUUUCCAAAAACUAUUUAAAAAAAAAAAAGUUUGUUUUGAAUUGUUUCUUAAAUCAUUUUUUAAUCAUUUACAAUUCCCCUCAAAGAUUGAGGCAAACUGUUCCAUAAUUUUUGCGCUAUCGCUUCAAAAGAGCGCACUCCAUAAGACUUUUUUCUGUGUUCUUCCAUACUAGGAACACUCAGUAAGUACUGUGUUGAAGACCGCAGGCUCUUCAAGGAUACAUGUUUAUAAAUCAGUUGUUUGAGAUAGUCCAGUGCUGAGCCAUCUAUGCAGCUGUACGCAAGGGACAAAAUUUUGUAGUUAAUGCGUUCACUCACAGGAACCCAAUGGAGAUCUCGUAGAACUUAGGUGAUGUGGUCAGAUGACCACAUUUAUUCUUGUAUCUGCUAGUAAAAUGUACAUGCACAUAAAGCUAAUGAAGACCAUGUUAGAAAUAACUUUAGUAAAUUUUAACAUUAAGUGAAUGGUAUUAUUGUAGUUUAGUUGUCAUAUCCGGUAUUAUCAUGAUAACUCAGAUCGCAUGUAGAAAUGUCGUAUUUAGCGGGUCAAAUUGCGUAUCGUGCGUAUUGGGGUAUUAAGAACACGAAACUAAAAUAAAUACUCUUUUGUUUCUGAUUUAUUCUCCUACAAAAUGUUGCGAUUUAUUUAAUCUGAACAUUAAAAACCGCACAUAGUACAGUUGUUAUUUAAUAUGACUACAUAUCUGUGUUAAGUAUUUUUAAUAAUAGAAUUUAAAAAAAAAACAACUUAUAAUGAAUUUUGUAAAAUGUAUACUAACUAAAAAUAUCCACAACAGCUCUCCCACCUUGCUCCUUCAAGCAAGGGAUCGGGAUUCGCAUGACAUGUGACGUCAGCCAGCAAAACGUGACGUCACUCCAGUGGCGGGUGGGCGGGUUGAGAUCGGAGAUCAGCCCUCACCUUACGACCUGCGACAUGCACGGCUGUGACAAGCAGAACUACGAGGGAACUCACACGUUUUUGGCCACUGUCCAGCUGGACCCUACCUCUACCCGUAUUGUCAACAGCAGCUUGCGGCUGCCCGGGGAUCCUUUCUUCAGUUACUUCGUCGGUGACUACGACUGUGUUCCUGAUGGGGGCCAGGCGAUAAGAAUAUGCGAUGACCUCAGCUAUUACGGUUGGGCAAUGCAUUUCUAGUUUUGAUAGUAUUUAAAUAUAACAAUGUGGAAAAACAAUGUAAAUACGAUAAAGAGGCAUAUGGUUAUAGACAGUUACAUCAUAAGAGAGAAUGGUGACGAGUGGGAGAGUAAAACUUAAUAAUUGAGAGAAGAGGAAAGGUAUAGGGAGACACUCGUUAAUGUACUCUUUGGUAGCGAAUAAAAAAAAAAAUCCUUUUUUUUUAAGUCUAUGCUAUUGGAAAUUGUAUAACUUAGUAUAUGUUUAAUAUUAAGCAGAAAUAAGAACUAGUUUUGUUAAGAAAAACACAUUUUUUUUAAAAAGUGCAUAACUGAUAUAUAUACAUUUUAAAUAAAUAUAUCAUAAUUUAAUAUAAUCAGACAUUAAAGGAAUACAUAUUGGAUGAAUACUUAUUAUAUUGAAAAAAAAAAUUAUUUUUCUUCCAAGCUACACUAUUUUAAUGUACAGUUCAAACUGUUCAUUCCUAUGUGUGUGUAUCUUAUAGAUGACCCAACUCCUCCUGUAUGUGGACCCCCGAUAGUGGCAGAUGAAAUAGUCAAACUUACUUGUAAAAUUGAUAAUGUCUACCCUGAUCCACAGUGCAGAAUAAUCCUAGCAUCAAAUGUAAGGCGGUCCUAAUGUGACUUAUGUUUACAUGUUAACAUUAACAUUAUGUUCAAGUUAGGGUAUGUGCGUUCGUUAUAAUACAUACUUUUUAAGCUAUCUUGUUAGUGUGACUGUGUUUGUAUUUGCUCUUUUCAUUUGUGAAAAAAAGAUAUAACAAUUGCCGAGCUAUGAUUUUAAAAGGAUAUGCCAACAUGUAUUCAUCUCAAAACAGAUUUUAUAAUUGUAUCAUUAGCGAAACGCUAAGAAAGGGAGGCAAUAAAGAUAUUUGUUGAAAACUUUAAAAAAAAAAAAAAAAUCUUACACAAGUGUACUAAAAACACAGUUUAAGGAUAGAGCCUAGUGUUCUUGAACAUUCGUUUUAAAUUUUUUGAAUGAAUAACAUCUCAAUACUGGUCAUCUUGAAUCAUUCCCCCACCCCCUCAGAGGCUCAAAACUUAAUGACUUAAAGUUAAUUAAGAAUAAUAACUUCUAGAUUUUGUAUAUUAUUAUUUUUAAUGUUUAUGACGGUUAUUUUAUAGAAAAAGAAUCGCCAUAUUUUAUUGUAAUUAUUAUUUAUUUUUUUGUUGCUUACAAUGUAUUUUUCACGGCAAUGUAGGCAGUUAAAGGUAAAUAAUGAAGAAAAAAAAGAAAUAUAGUAUGUCACAGCUGAAACUAUCACUAUUAUAUCAACUUCACAAAGCAAUGCUUGAUAGAAUAAAAUAUCUUUAUUAACCUAACUACAUUGUCAACUGCCAUUACUCAAUCACAGCAACCUACGCAAAAAAUCCGUCAUGUCCCCGGAGGCACAAUAAGUCACAAGAUACCAAACACUUAACAGCAUCAUCUACUCAAACGCUGCAAAACAACACGUAGUCACUAAAUACAUUCCAGACCUUAUGAGGAUACUUUCGUUAAGUUUAAUUUUCUUUUUUUUUUCUUUUUUUUUUCUAAAACUAAAAUUCAAAACAAUGCUAAACUUGUGUUAUUUUAUUGCUUAGCAUCUUUAAAGAACAAUCACAAUUAGUAUCAAUUAUUGUUUGAUGACUAAUCUUCCUUGAAAGGUUUUUUUUUUUGUUUUUCUUUUUUUUUUUUUAAUUUUUAAAUUUCGUUAAGUUUAAUUUUCUUUUUUUUUUCUUUUUUUUUUCUAAAACUAAAAUUCAAAACAAUUCUAAACUUUUGUUAUUUUAUUGCUUAGCAUCUUUAAAGAACAAUCACAAUUAGUAUCAAUUAUUGUUUGAUGACUAAUCUUCCUUGAAAGGUUUUUUUUUUUUGUUUUCCUUUUUUUAUUUUAAAUUUUAAAAUAGGGUCAAGUUCGGAAUAUCGCAACAGGAGUAGUUGCGGAAAGUUCCCAGAUGGGAGUCAAUCCCGAUAACAUGAGCUUCUCUGCAGUCUGUAAUGUGUCGAUACCACUCAGGGACUUAGGAGUCGGCGACCACGUGUUUCAAUUGGUGGCUUCCGUUAACUUCAACGAUACUGAACUUGCCCAGGUCUACAGCAAUAACGUUUCGUUAAUUAUCUCGAGUAAGAAGCUAGACCUUUAAAACAUGCUAAAAUUGAUUCGAUUGUUUCAGAGCUAUAAUUAGAGGCAAACUUAUUAGUAUCCAUAUUUUACAUGAUGUUUUUAUUUGUUUUCUUACGUUGUAAUUAUUAUGUUACACUUUUUAAUCACAUUUUAAGUACCAUCCGUAAACUCAUUACAAAUUUACAAGCCUAACACUGAUAUUUUACAUGUAUACAUUUAUGUUUCAUGCCAUUUUUUUGACAUUGCAGUCACUUUAUAAUUAGUUAGUACUACAAUUGUUAUUUGUUUUGGAUUUUGCAAUUUAAUUGCAAAUUUAAAUACUUUAUUUAUCGCUAAAUUUUUAUAAAAUUAUGAUGCAUACAUGCAUUAAUAUAUUUUAUACAUUAAAUGGUAUAUACAUAGAUGUAUAUAUGUAUAGAUGUAUAUAUGUAUGUAUAUAUAUAUAUAUAUAUAUAUAUAUAUAUACAUACAUAUUUAUAUUGUUACAUAAAGGACAUUAUUUUAACUUCCCAUUAAAUUAUUAUGAAAUAUUGUCAAAUUCUCAACAGACGCGCCACAGAAGCCAAACUGUAUGUACCCGGUGAUAAACUCGAUCAGUAAAAACAUUAUCUUGGAGUGCUACACCAGUUACGUACAUCCGGCUCUAGGCUGUGAAAUGGCAGCGUUUAAAAAUGUACGUGAAAAUCACUCAUUUACAUAAAUAACGUAACAGUCUUUUGCGUACUAUAAUUUAACUUAGUGAAAUAUAUGGAAAUACUUGAGAGCCUAAUGCAUUAAAGUUGGUAAUCUGAUAUAUAUAUAUAUAUAUAUAUAUAUAUAUAUAUAAUAUAAUUUAUCUUUUACGUAGCAUUGCAUGCGCCUUUUUUCGUAUUAAAAUACUAUAACCUCGUUUUCUUUAUAUAUAUAUUUUUACUAAAGUUAAUGUGCCUUCAAUCAUAAAAUUAUACUACUUUUCAACUUUAAAAACUUAGAAAUAAAUAUAUAACAUUUGCCUAAAUGAUCGAUUUUUCUUCUCAUCUUUUAGAACAUUCCACUUGUCAGGCAAGCAAAUGUCUCGUACAUUAACGAUGUCGCCUUAUAUCAGGCUAAGAACAUCUUUGUGUCCAAGUGUUAUUUCUCAAUCCCACUUUCCCGUAUCGGCCCCGGCUCAUUCGAGUUUAGGGUCACUAUGUACACCGAUGAUAACAACGCCACCGAUAUUAACCGGACACGCAUUACGGGGGACUUGACCUCACCAUUAUUGCUGAGUAAGCUUGACACAUUGUACAUGUUAAACACACAGGAUAUCAAUGCAUCUUCAUUAGAAAAAAAUAAAAUAAAGGAAUGCAUCGUUAUUCUUCAGAAGAUUUAAUAUUAUUCCACGGCGCAUGGGACUUCUCGAUUCACACUGUGUAUUACAAAUCAUUUUAAUUUAAUGUGUUUUUUCUGCUAUUUUGCGAAAACAUCCGACUUCAUUUUUAAGAGUACAUCUUUUUAGUUUUACAUUAAUGGUUUGUUUUUUGUUGUUUUUUUUUUUUUUUUGGUUAAAAGAUUAAACGUAGCCGCUGUGAUAGUUCAUACUUGUGAGGUUCAGAAAGGCAUAGUUGCAUUAAGCUUUGUUAGUGUACAGCAAAAGUUCAACCACUAGUUUAAAUUAUUCCCCAUUUGCUUUCUUUCUAAAACUAGAAAAACCUUUUUUUAGCUUCAUUUAAAUCUUUUAAUUUAUAAAAAUAAAUUUAAAAAAAUGUUUUUUUGUUGUUUUUUUUGUUUUUGCUUUGCUGCAAUUUGAACCAUGUAAGAGUAUGAUUUUUUUUUUUUUUUUUUUUAAAGAAAACAAAUCAUCCAUAUCACGAAAAAUAGAUCAGAUAGUAGGGAAAUAAUGUGACUGUUUAUAACAAGACUAAAUUAUUUGAAUGAAAUAAAAGUAUAUUAAUAGAGUAACUGAGGGAGAGUAUACUAUUUACUUGGAACUCGAAAAGAGUAACUGGUGCAGCGGGAAUGGAUUCGUGCUGGUGCCACCCGGGGUGAGAGCUAAUAUAUUUGCCACCCUCAUCUAGGAAAUAAUCGCUGCCCAUACCGCUGCAAAUUCCGUUCCUAAGAAUAAAGAAAAUAUUGACCCCUGGGGUGUUUGGUCCCCAGCAACACACUCCCCACGACUCAGAAUAAGAGGGACAACUAAUUUAUUGUUUCUAAAGUUAUAUGAUUAUGAACAGUUCAAAUUUAAAGUUUUGAAAUCUUUUUUUUUUUUUCAAAACAGAAAUUCCAACGCUGAAAGAUUUAAGCCAACGUUGCCCCGUACAGGCUGACUUUACACGCAGUCAUAAAACAACAGAAUGUCAAUGUCUGUUGGACGAGGUGGGCAAUCCUCCAGGCAGUGUGCAAUGGCGCUCGAGUAACGGGUUGGUACCUCAGCAACGCACGGUGUGGCUGGAUCUUGAUGAUUUCAGUAAGUAAAGGACACAAUUCUUUGUUUGCAUGUGUCUUCGGUAAUAGGCUACUCUUAAAGUUAUAUUACAGGACGCAUUGAUAUUAGUUGUUGACAUCAAUGGCAGAAAUGCUGGAAUAUAUUUAUUCUUGUAUGACAAAGACACCAUAUUUGGGAGCCACAUACGAUAAAAUAAAAUGGUUUUGGUGGCAACACGUAUGGAUCUUGAUCGUAAUCAACUAUAGGCUUAUAUUUAAUUAUUAAAUUUUAAAAUUGUACGUUUUUACUAGCACUUGUCAUACAUGUACAGUCAAAUUUAAUAUAUAUAUAUAUAUAUAUAUAUAUAUAUAUAUAUAUAUAUAUAUAUAUAGAGAGAGAGAGAGAGAGAGAGAGAGAGAGAGAGAGAGAGGGGGGAGAGAUAUAUAUAUAGAUAGAAAUAUAUAUUAUAUAGAGAGAGAGAGAGAGAGAGAGAGAGAGAGAGAGAGAAUGAGGGGGGAAAGAUAUAUAGAUUAAUAGAACUAUAUAUUAUAGAAAGGUUGAUAUCUUAAAAUAAAUUAUUUUUUUAAAAUAAUAAUAACAUUCAGAAAACAAGAACUUUGUAUUGAAUAAGAGUGGGUUUCAUUUUUAAUUAAUGAUAUCUAUUAGAGACCGACCGAGUUUCGGCUUCGGCUUCGGUUUCGGUGCUGAAAGUGGCUAUUUUUCACUUUCGGCAAAGUUUAGGUUUCGGCCAAAACUGAAAGUUAACUUUCGGCCUAAUUUCGGUUUCUGUCGAAAGAGAAAUGUUAACUUUCGAUUUUUUUUUCGGUUUCGGCCGAAAUUGAAUUUGACUUUCGGCCAUCCGGCCGAAAGCGACUGAGGUUUUCGGUAAUCUAAUACUCAGCGAAACCGAUAUUUAACAACAAACUAAUUGAUAUUUAAGAAAAAACAAAACCAUCUUUAAGAACAAAUUAGCGAUCUUUAAGAACAAAUUGAGCGAUCUUUGUGAACAAAGAAAAAGAUAUUUCACAACAAACUAAGCGACAUUUAAGAGCAAACUAAAUGAUCUUUAAAACAAACUAAACGAUCUUUAAGAACAAUCUAAGUGAUCUUUAAUAAAAAACUAAACGAUCGUAAAGAAAAAACUAAGCGAUUUUUAAGAACAAACUAAAUGAUCUUUAAGAACAAAACAAAUGAUUUUUAAUAGUAAAAACUAGAUGAUUUAUAAGAGUAAACUUCUUCUUCUCUUUUUUUAUUUUGAGGGCCCACGAUCAAUGAAUUGACCAUUCUGGCUCCUAUGUUUCAGUGGGGUUUGCGAUGUUACUUUCCAUGGGUUUCAAUGGGAUGCUUCACUGGUUGCAAGGGCGACUCAGCUGUGUUGUUAUGAACUGGGGGUUGGAAUACAGGAGGCAAUAGACACAAAUGUCUCGAGUGUAGCCGCCUAAACUGUUGCUUUUGGAAGCUUGUUCCAGUCCCCUAUUGUCUUCGACAGGAAAGAGGAGCUCUUGUACUUUGUUCUUGUUUUUACCAGCCGGAACUGUCUGUCGUGGCUUCGUCGGAGUCUAGGGGGAAGGUGAACGAUUUUCUGUUUGAUUUCGGAGCAGUGGAUAAGCCCAUUUUUUUAUCUUGUACAGCAUGGUGAGCAUGGAUAGUCGUCGUUCUUCCAAUGUAGACCAGCGGAGUGUUUCUUGAGGUGUUUCUGUAGCGGUUCAUGACAAAGCAUGCUGCCCGUCGCUGGACGGCCUCCAACCUGUCGAAGCGAUCUUUCACAGAAAACUAAAUGUGCUUUAGGAACAAACUAAAAGAUUUUUUAGAACAAACUAGUCGAUCUUAAGGAAAAAAUCGAUUAUCUACAAGAAAAAACUAAGCGAUCUUUAUGAAAAAAGUAAGCGAUCUUUAACAACAAACUAAAUGAUUUUUAAUAACAAACUAAAAGAUCUAUAAACACAAAAUAAAUGAUCUUUAGGAACAACUAAGCGAUAUGUAAGAACAAAAUCAAAGAUCUUUAAGAACAAACUAAAGAUCGUUAUGAACAAAUUAAACGAUCUUUUAAUAACCCAAACUAAGCGAUCUUUAAGAAAUAAAAAUUACGAUCUUCUUAACAAACUAAAUGAUCUUUAAUAACAAAUAAAAGAUUUAAACAAAAACUAAGCGAUCUUUAAGAAAAAACUAAGCGAUCUUAAAAAAACAAAAUUAACGAUUUUUAACAACAAAGUAAGCGAUCUUUAUGAACAAAAUAACCGAUCUUUAAGAACAAAUAAAGCGAUCAUGAACAAAAAACUGAAUGAUCUUUAAUAACAAACUAAGCGAUAUUUAAGAACAAACUAAACGUUCUUUUUUUAACAACAAGAUGUUUUAUUAGAUGUUUAUUUAUUAAUAUUCACGAUUAUCUCAUUUUUUUUAAUAAAAGGAAUGUAAAUAUUAUACUUUCCGAAUCAUUUUCGAUGUAUGCAGAAUGUAUGCGGGAACGAAUUUCAAAAUAUCUAAAUAUUUCAUUUUCGGUUUCGGCUUCGGUUUCGGCUGAAAGUCAUAUUUAACUUUCGGCCUUUUUUCGGUUUCGGCGGAAAAUCAUUUUAAAACUUUCAGCCUUUUUUCGGUUUUGGCCAAAAGUCAUUUUAAACUUUCGGCCUAUUUUCGGCUUCGGCCGAAAUCAGAAAACAUUUUCGGUCGGUCUCUAAUAUCUAUAUCAUUUCGAGUUUUGAGAGUUUCGUUCAAAUACAUGCUUAAAAUCGCUUACUAUUAAUCGUUUACAAAAAAAUAAAAUAUUUAAAAUAUUUAUUAAAAUUAAAUAUAUUUGAUUAUUUAGAAGCUUAAUUCAAUAUGAUUGAUCACAUGCACGGUCAUGUAUGACAUUCAAAUCAUAUAAACUGUAUGCCCAACAGAAGCUAACGAAACGUUUACUUGCAAGCCACAGACUCCAAUAGCCGACGACUUGCCGGGAUACACAUGGGCGCCUGUUUGGCAAGGUUCAUUAUAUUAUAUCUCUUGAUUUACCAAAAAAUAUACGCCAAUGUAAAAGUAGAAUAUAAUUAAAAGUAGUUUAGUGUUAGAUAUCAAUUAAAAAUUAUUUAAAAAAAAAAAUAAUUUAAAAAUUUAAAUUUAAAAACAAAUGAUUGCAGGUCCUCCAGUUGUGGCAAAUUUUACCGCGAAUGGCAAAGAAAGAGAGCUUCAAGCCGGCUUGAACACACGCGUCACGUUGGAUUGCCGACUUGGAGGCGCACCCCUGCAUACAGUGGUCAUUACCAAAGGAGUAUUCAACUAUCCCGUACCCACUAACGGCACAUCAUAUUAUGUAUUCCACGUAAAGGAAUGCACGGACUCGGCAACUUACACGUGCUUGGCGUUGAAUACAAUAGAAACAACUAUCGACUCCAAAACGUUGCACAUCUCGGUCAACUGUAAGUAGUUUUUAAACGCCCCCUCACUCCGCAAAUCCGUGUUGAGAGAAAGGUAUACGAUAGAUUUCGCCGUUUAAGAAAUAUAUGUAUAUGCAUUUGUCUUCGUUUUUCUUUUUUUGUGUGCUGUCCUCAUUCGACUGUUCGUAGAUUCUGCUGUUUGAAUCUUGACAUGACGCAACCUGCUGAAUACCUGGAUGACGGCCAACUGUUAGCGGACACCCGUUAUUCAAAUGUUAAUAUAUGUUGUUGUUUUUCUGUUGUUUUUUGUUUGUUUGUUUUUUCCGACUGUUUUUUUUUUUUUUUUUUUUACAUUUUUUUUUGGUCUGCCAAAAUGAGCGUUAUCACUGUGAAGUGCAGAAGUUUUCUUUAACAUCAAAAAAAUUACGACCCCAACGAUUUUUUUUUUUGUUUUUUUUUUUUUUUUUUUUUUUUUUUCUUUUUUUUUUUUUUUUUUUUUUUACAUUUUUUUAUGGUCUGCCAAAAUGAGCGUUAUCACUGUGAAGUGCAGAAGUUUUCUUUAACAUCAAAAAAAUUACGACCCCAACGAAUCAACAUAUAUAAACGUGAAAAUUUGUGGCAGUGUUUGUCUGUCUGUUUGUUCCCAAAAGGCUUUUGACAAGGAUUGAUGGAUCUUUUUAAAACUUGGCACUUAUAUCCAGCAUAUCCGCAAAGAACUCUUAAGGGGAGGUUAUGAAAUUUUUAAAAAAUUUCGUUUGUGGCCUGGGGCUCCAAAUCCGUUUCUUUUUUUCUUAUUUGAACUAGAUACACAAAAUAUUUAGUUAGAGCUCCUACAUGAAUAGAAGGCUUGUUACCAAACUUAUUACAAUUACGAUUAAUUAUCCAUAUGCAAACACCGAUGGGUAUUUAGCAAGUAAUAUCGAUCCCUCUGGGGCCGGAGUCCCCAUUUUAUUUUCCCUAUAUAAGUUAUAUAAAUAUCAAAAAGCUUAGACAACAUUAUAGUUGAUUCUAAUUGACACUAAUUCUAUAUGAAUUGAUGGAUUUGGGCCUAGCGUUUUAGCAAUACACUUCAUUGUCCGUAUUGAAAUAACGGUGGAUUUAAAAGUAAUAAUAUUCCAUGUACAAUUUUCCAGAAAUUUCGAUAUUUUAAAAGCUAUAUCUAUGGCAUUUUAAAGAAUAUUUUAAUGGGACUAAUUUUAAAUUUUAACAUUAAUAUUUAUAUGACUGAUUUUUAUAGGGCCCCUUAUCUCAGGCAUAUCUAUAUCGGUACAGUUUUGGAAUGGGGACCCUGGGGCACCUCGAUUAACUUAAAAGAAAAGGGUUAUAAUUUUGGCAUUUGUUGAAGAUUUUUAUUGUAUUUGAAAAAAAUAAUGACAUACUUAGUAUUAACACCCGUUUCGCGCAGGUUAUUUAAUUUCAUCUAGAAUGUUCCAGAAAGUUCUAAAUUGUUACAAGGGAUAUAUAGUGGGAUCUUAGGGAUUAUUGACAUUUUAGUUAGUUCUAUUCAUUAAUAUACCGUCCAGGAGUUUACUGUUCUCUCAGUCACACUGAGUCCUUUUUUCAUACGGGAUCUAAAAGGGGUCGGGAUCACAUUGUAAUCUUUAUCCCAACGCUAUCAGGAUCCCGUCAGAAAGUUGGAUCCUACCGGGAUCGGGAUACCAACCUUGAAUGGAUCCACCGGGAUCGGGAUAGCACCGGGAAACGGGACUGCGCCAAGAUCGGUUUCAGAAAGGGAUUAUGGUUCCAAUAGGAUCGGAAUCACACAAGGAUAGGGUGUAAUGCUAUCCAGGCAAAUGCCGGGUAUGUCCGCUAAAAAAAGCUUUUGAAUGGAUUGAUUGAUUUUGACCAAAUUUGGCAUAAACAUCCAUCAAUAUCCUGUAGGAAUUAUUAAAGGGUGAUAAACUUUUUUCUAACAUUCUGUUUUGAGCUGGGGGCCCCGAAUUUUUUUUUAACCAAGAUGAGCUUUAUAAAAAAAAUUAACAAUACACGCUCCUAAACGAAUAAAUGGAUCUGGACAUAAAAUUUGUUUUAAGGUUAUCUGCGCAUUUUUGAAUACAUUUGAAUAGUAAAAAAAAAUGUAUCUUCAUUGCUUAUCUGAAUAUUUUUUUUAGGGUCCCAUAUAAGGCAAAACUAAUUUUGUAGAAUUGUGGAAUGGGCCCCUCUUUACCAAUCUUUCAAAUACAAUUUAAGAUAGUUUAGUAAAUCAUUUAGUUGUAUGAUAUUUUGUAUUUGUAGAAUAAUUACUUAGAAUAGACAUAUUUUAGACGUUUCGAGGAGGAAAUUACAGUUAGCCUAUAAUUUUCCAGGAAAUUCUAUAGGUCAAUUUUCCUUUAUAAAGCGAUGAAGCUUAACCAAAAUUAGUAAUGAAAAUAAUAAAUAAGUUUAUUUGAAAAUCUCACUUCAUCCCCAAAGGCUCAAAGCGCACUAAAUCAUAUCGAUGGAUUUACAGACUUUAAAAUUGAAACAACGCCUUUGUCAGUGAACUUUGAAAGAGAAUACACUCAGUGAAACAGGUACCGCUUCCUGGAUCAAGCCACUAGAAGAAAUAGGCAUUAAUCUCAAGUCGAGCCAAAGCUCCAAAUGUAGGCUCCAGCCCAGCUGAAUUCUACAAAGAAAAGGCUGCAGUUCUGCAAGGCCCCACCAUCUGUUCUUUCUAAUUUUACAGCUAUUGACGUUCCUGCAGGAUUUCGGCAAAACCGCUAUCAUUCACUGCGCUCUGGUGUUCUUAAAUCGAAUCUUUCAAUGCAGCUGAUGAGAUCUCGCAGAACUGGGUGAUGUGGUCAUAUUUCUUUAUCCGCGAUACACUGGUUGGUUGUUGUGAGUGAAAAGUUUAGCUAAACAAUAUCAAACUAUUCAGGAAUGACAAAUUAGAGUGAAAUAUUCCACAAUUUGAACAUGUUGAGAGAUUUCACUGUUUCUUUUCAAGCGACUCGUGAACCGGAAUUAUUUGAUAAUAGCGUUAACUGGUUUUGUUUAUAUUAAGUCAUAAAUAGAAUGGAAAACACAUGAUUAAGUCCACCAAUUCUUAGUUAUGUUCGAAAUAAAUUAUAUUCAUACGUCAAGGAGACUUUCAAAUACCACUAUAUCCAACUAUCAAGAUUAAACUUGAGAGAAACAUUCCAAUAAAUGAGAAAAUGUAGAGCAAUUUUACCGCUGCCUUUUAGGCGCUUGUGAACCGGAACUACACACACAUCUAUUAGAUUAUCUAUAUUCAAAUAACAAAGGGCACUGAGCUCAAAAUAUCCAUUACUCGGGGCCCUGGUGCCUUCUUUUAUUAUUCGUUAUAUGAGCUAUAUAAUUACCAAUAGGCUUAGAAAACAUUAUAAUUUCUAUGUGAAUAGUUGAUAUAUGCCUAGCGUGGUAGCAAUACAAUUGGCAUUUUUUAUUGAUUUUAUGGGUACACAUUUUAAAUUUUAGCUCGAGAAAUUAUCCAAAUGAUUUUUAAAGCCACCUCUCCCCCUCUAUCUCAUACAUUAAUGAAACGAUACUUUAUUAAAUAGCCCCCCAAAAAGGGCACUUAUUUGAGAUUAAAUGUAAUAUAGUUAUAGUAAUACAAUUAAGUUAUAUGAAAUUACGCAUUCGAGAAAUAAUUACGUAGGAAAGUAAUUUUUUGCACUUUUCUCGUAAGAUAUUAAUUUUAACCUAGAAUGUUCCAGAACCUUAUACAUUGUUCUAUGGGGACAUAUAAUAAGAUCUAAAAGCUUAUUCAAAAUAAAUCGCACUGAGCAUAGUGCCAUAUAGGAACAGGAUCUUAAUGGGGAACGAGAUCUAACAGCCAACCGGAAUACAUCGGUAACUCAAUACAAUCGUGUAACGCGAUCAAACCGGGUUUGGCAUCCUGUCGGGAACCGGGAUAAAAUCGAGAAAAGGGGAUCCUCUGUUGGAACGAGAUCCCACAGAGGAUGGUUUCCUAUCGGGAUCGGUAGCCCACUGGGAUCGGGAUCCACCAAGAUGGGGAUCCCAUUGAGAUCGAGAUACUAACGUGAUCGGGAUAACGCCACGAUUUGGAUUCCACCUGGAUCCGGAGAAACCAGAACACGGGAUACAUCCUUGUUUGGGAUCACACCAGGAAUGAGAUUUUUGUGCCAAUGGGAUCGGGGUCCCACUAGGAUGGGGUCAUAAUACAAUUCCGGCCAUGCCGGGUAUAUUAGCUAGUAAUUAUUCAAAACUGUAAUUUUUUUCCCAUUGAACCUUUGUUCAUUUCAGGUCCUCUGCAGUUUCUCGACAAGACUGUAUUACCCAUCACAGUGAAAUCAAACGUCAAAGGACAUGUUGACGUACACUUACACAUAGUAGGCUAUCCUAAGCCCACUACAUUCUUACUCGUGAAAAAAAACCAUAACAGCCGUGAAGAUUUAAUGUAUUCGAAUGAUUUUUAUGUUGAAUAUUCUUUUUCGGAGGAUCACACUAUGGAUCUUGUGCUAACCGUCAGGGGUGUAUGGAACACAGCGAACUACACGUUUACCGUGGGGAAUGGCUUGGGUCAACCGCUAGACGUGGACAUUUCCAUCUCGAUUCCGGGUAGGUGGUUAUUUAGUGUUAAUGUCUUACAGCAUACAAAUUUACAUUGUAAUCAACUGAACAUUAAUUGUAAUUAACUAAUUAUUAAAAAAAAUAUUUUUUUUUUAAAAACAUGAAUGAAAGCAUUCAUCCCUCACCCCAUGAAAAUGAGACCCAUCAACCUUGGCAUGAAAAUCAACUUAAAUAAGGAAAGAAAAAACGUUUAAUUAAACCGAUGGAUGAAGUCCCGUAGGUUUUUGUUUCACAUAACCUCAAGGAAAAUAUAGUCAAGCUGUAUCCUAAUUUUUAUUUUCCCUGACGUUCGCAAGAUGCUUUGACAGAUGGGAUUUGUUGAGAAGUGAUCGAGAUUAUUUUCCUAACAUAUUUUAUAGGUCUAAUCAUUUCGUCCUACGAAGAAAACUCUCUAAAUCUUCGUCAAACUGUGACGGACGAAUGUCUAAAAAUUGUUUAGAUAAUAAAUAAACAAAAAAAUAAAUAAAUAAAUAAAUAAAUAUAUAUAUAUAUAUAUAUAUAUAUAUAUAUAUAUAUAUAUAUAUAAUAUUAUCAAACAAAGCUUUCUUAUUAAACAUAAAAAAAUAUAACUUUUUUUUUUUUUAUUUAUAUAUAUAUAAUGUUAUCAAUCAAGGCUUCCUUAUUAAUCAUAAAAAGUUUUAACUUGUUUUUUUUUUAUAAACAACCAAUAAAACUUUGAUGCUAAAGUAAAUCAAUGGAUGAAGUUAGGUCGUCUACACUUCAUAGUUCUUUGACGUUUUAAUUCUGCAUCACAGAAGACGAAUCUUCAGAUGUAAAUAUUGGAGCUGUUGUUGGCGGUGUUAUGGGCGGCCUUGCUGCAAUAGUUUUUGUGGUGUUUUUUAGCUAUUGGAUACUUCGAAAAAGGAAGAAUCGCAGGUAAAUAAAUCAGACUAAAUAUAUAUCUUUUAAAUAAAAAUAUUUUAAUCUUAUUUUUUCUUUCUUAAAUCACCGUUAGCUCUUGGAUUCAAUUAAUAUAUGAAGGAACGCGUUAAGACUGUGUGAAAGUAAUACUAGAACAGGAUUUGUAGAAGCGUGCAAAGGGGACAAAUCAGUACUAUUGAAUAAAAGUUUUGCAUUGUUGCCUUCGCAUAAGGUGCAAAAUAAAGUUUAAAUCGUUUGAAAAAUCAUGUUCUGUGAGCUCCUAGUAGAACGCGCGUUGCGUUUCUUUAAAACAAUGAUCUUUUUGGAGAUGAGGUGUUUCAGAAGCAUUCUUGGAAUCUGCUAUAGAGAACACAUCUCUAACGAACAAGUAUACGAAAGGAUUCGUCAAGCAAUUUGGCAGUACAAUUACCCCAGUGACCGUAACAAAGCACAAAAUGGAAGGGUAUUGCUACGUGGCAAGAAAACAAGGGCUCGCAAAAUGAAAUCCUGAAGGGCACAACGAGAGGAGGGAGAAGAAGAGAAAGACAGAGAAAAAGAUGGGGAGAAAACAUCAUAGAUUGGACGGGUCUAAAAUUUGGCCAUGCUAUGCGAAGUGCAGAAAACAGAGAGGAGUUAAGAAGGAUCAUGUACAUGUCAUUUUGGGCACCGAAACGGUGCAAGAACUAAGGGACAUGAUGAUGAUGAUGAUUAUGAUGAACACAUUUGUAAUAUAUUUCCGCUUAAGGCAAGUUAGUUCUUUGAAUUUCUAAUUCUAUGUUGUUGUUUUUUCUUAAUUUUUUUAAAGGUUUCAUUUAAUUGCUCACGAAUGCCUCUAACCAAAACUUUUAUUUAAUUGCCCCUUUUUGUCCCUUUUGAAUGCUUCUUCAUUUGUUCAUAACCUUUCUUUCAAAAACAUUGGAUAUCUAUUUAUUACAAAUUAAAUAUGUGUGAACGAGCAGCGUAAAUUGACAAACACCAAAAAGGAGCUCGUGGUCUGGAAAUCGAGCCUCACCAAAGUCAACAUACUAAUCAUCCCUGCGGGAUGGGAUUCGCUUGCCUUGGACGGCAGCUCAUCUAAGAGAAGGAAAACACCGAAUUCAAACUAGGAGCCUAAAUGAUCAGUAAAUUGAUCGCGGGCCCUCAAAAAUAAGAGGAAGCAAAAGAAUAACUUUUAAAUCACUCUCUAAAUAUUUUACUAGAAUCAACAAACAUGAACAAAUUAUCUACCUUUAAAUUUAUUGAAUGUUUUAUUUUUUUUAAAAAGCUUGUACAUUGGCUAUUAAAAAAAAAAAAUCAUUUCGCGCCAGUAUGGUGGCAAGUCUUAAGUCUUCAUUUUGUUCAAGGAUUUUAGCUACUUAAAAAAGCAUCAUUUAUGUGUGGAAUGAGGCUCUCAGUUCAUAGCUGGAGACUACGUAGUGCAAUAUUUAAACUCACCUCCCGGUCGACAGGCAAAUAUAAAUUUAAAGCACUAAAAGUUUUCACAAAUAAAUAAACAUGGUUAAAACUAUUACACAACUUUUCAUCAAAAUCUAGCAUAAUUGUAUCAGUGAACUAAAAACAACUCUUCAAACGAAGGCGUCCAAAUUGCUUCCCUUCGUGAACUUCCCAUCCCACUAAACUUACUAAAACAACAUGCAUUCAAGUAACUCACUUUAUAAGAAUACCAAUUAGUGCUAACUUCAUGGAACUUUAUUAUGCUCGGCUAUUUCGUGCAACUAUAAAACACAGGAUUACAGCCCUAAAUAAAAGCCUAGAGAAUUAUUUUGUGCAACUGUUGAACACAGAUUUUACAGCCAUACCUGCAUACCCAGAGAAUGAUCCCGUGCACGUCUUCAACGCAGUGUUACAGCGAUAGGUACAUACCUUAAGAAUUAUCUUUUGCCCUGCUAGUGUGUUUUGCAUAUAUUUUCGAAAAUUAAGUUACACCUACAUAUCAUUAUUUUCUCAAUAGAUCCAACGAAGCUAACCAUGAGGACAAUAUUCAUAUUUCACGGAUGCUAGCUGAACAAAAUGGGAUAAAUGUUAGAAUUUAAUAAUAAGCAACAUAACCAAUGAUGCACUUUUCCUACCCUAUUUUUAGUAUGGAUCGGGAAAAUGUCCAAUCGCCAGUUGUAGAAUGUGAUAAACAUAGCACGCAUUGAUAUGUGCGUUAUCUUUUUUUUCUAUUUAAUAAAAUAAAAUAAUGAUAAUUUUUUGUAGAAACUAAUUUAUUUCUAAAAUGAACACUUUUAGAAAAGAAGUGUAUCACUAUUCUAACUAGAUACCCGAAGCAGUAAACGUUAUGUCUUUUUAUCAGCUUUGUAUCAUAUUAUUUGUUUGAAUACCAUGGUGAUGUAAGACUUUCCAAAUACAAUGUUGGACAUUUGCAUGGUGCAUACUUGUUUUUUUUUUACACAAUUGUUGUGAUGCAACUGCUAUUUUUACAACUGCCUAGCAAUUGCUGUUGCAUGCUCACUUCAAUCGUGAUUUUAGCAGUUGGAAUGAAAUAGGAGAUGCCGUUGCUUGCAUGUCUUAGCUACUUGCAAAAACGAUUGAGUUUAUAGGUGCCCCAAGCUUUUUAGUCAUAUGACCGUAACAACUUUGCUGUUUCGGGGUCAUUUAUUUCAUACUUUUGAAUAUACUUUAGUAGGUUUGAUAAACAAAAUAUUUAUAUAGUUGUUUUUUUUAACGUUACACCUUCUGGUUUAUGGUUUCUGUAGCAGUGAUUAGCUAUAAAGUAUUGGGAGCAAACAAUAUCAAUCACAGAUUCCCAAAUUAUUUCAACAUUUUCAAAAAGCAAAGUAGACUGAAGACCCAAUACAUCUAAAUUAGAGCUCAGCUAAUAAAAAUUUUUUUUUUUAAAUUUAAAAAUUUAACUAAUUAUUUUUUAAAGAUAUAAUGUUUAGUUUCCCAUUCUUUAACAAAGUAUCUUGUCCCUUCACUUCUACCAGCUAUGUUUCCCCACUUGUCAACCAGCUAUGUUUCCUAGUCUUCUAAGAGGUAUGUUGCUAUGACUUAUAGUAGCUAUGUUGUUUCACUCCUCUAUUAGUUAUGGUUCCCCAUUUUUCUACCAGCUACAUUUCCCCACUCUCUUACCAUCUAUGUUGCCUUACUCGUCUACCUGCUAUGUUCCUGCAGUCUUCAACCAGUUAUGUGUAACUAUUGUUUUACCUGUUAUGUUGCUGUUGAAUUCAUGGCUAGGUAAUAGGCUGUAGAAGUGACAAUAAGACACUUAUUUUUUGUUCAACAUUUAACACCCAACCCUUUAAAACAACACUCCCCAUUUUUAAUCUAGUGGAGCUAGAAAUAUAUAUAUAUAUAUAUAUAUAUUUAUAUAUAUAUUAAUAUUAAUUUUAUCAACAU